AGGAACAAGGGAGCCUCGCUGAGCCCCGGGGUGCCGGGCCGCCUGAGCCAGCGGCGCUGCAAGAAGGACGUGCUGCCUUCCCCCGAGGGGCCCGCGCCCUCCGUCUCCAUCACCGAGAUCCGGCAGUACCUGCGGGCCCGGGGCAUCCCUUUCCACGACGGGUACAGUUGCCUGCACACCCCCAGCCUCUUCACCGAAAGCCGCGCGAACCAGCCGCCGGCGGCCGCCGCCAAUGCCCCGUACACGCUUUUCAUUGACAAGACCACGGGCAGCUUUCUGUGCACGGCCACCCUGGCUGAGGGCACCUGGCAGGACUUCCAGGCCAACGUGGAGCUGCAGCACCGUGGCAUUCGGUCCGCCAGCUCGGAGGAGGUGGAGGAGGACAUGCAGGGGGCUCGCGAGGAUGCUCGCUGCAUCUGGGACAGAGCUCUGCCGUUCUCAGAGCUGCUGGAUGAGGAUGAGACCAACGAGACCAAGGCCAGGUUUGGUAUCUCCAUGGUGACGGAUGCCACCCUGAAACGCUUCGGAGUGCGUUAUCUGAGAGCUGCCAAGUCCCUCGUCUUCCCCUGGUUCAGCCCCCGUGAUGCGACCCUGAAGGGCCUGAAGCUUGUGAGGGUGGAGAAGAAUGGGGAUGCAAUAGCUUACGUAGAAGAGACUUUACCCCGGCUCGAUUCCUAUCGCAAUCUUUUUGGGCUGCCCCUGAUUGGCCGCCGAGACACAGAGCUGGUCUUAACUGGGUGGGAGCUGGAUGCCCUGGCCCUGCACCAAGCUACAGGGGUGGCCAGCCUGGCCCUGCCGCGCGGGGCCACCUGCCUGCCUCCUGCCCUCCUCCCCUACCUAGAGCAGUUCAAGCGCAUCACACUGUGGCUGGGCGAGGACUUGCGCUCCUGGGAAGCUGCCAAACACUUUGCCCGCAAGCUGAGCCUCAAGCGCUGCUGCCUGGUGCACCCUGGCAACUUGCAGCCCCGGCCUUUGGAGGCUCUGAACCAGGGCCUGAACCUCACCAAGAUCCUGCGUUCUGCCCUGCCCGCCAGCCACAAAUCCAUCAUCUCCUUCCGGCAGCUGCGUGAGGAGGUGUUUGGGGAGCUGGUCAACAAUGAGCAGGUGGCUGGCAUCAAGUGGGCACGCUUCCCUGAGCUCAACAAGCUCCUCAAAGGCCACCGCAAAGGGGAACUCACCGUCUUCACAGGCCCAACAGGUAGCGGGAAGACCACCUUUAUCAGCGAGUAUGCACUGGACCUGUGCAUGCAGGGAGUGUGCACACUGUGGGGCAGCUUUGAGAUCAACAAUGUCCGUCUGGCCAAGAUCAUGCUGACACAGUUUGCCGGCCGGCGCCUGGAGGACCAGCUGGAGCUGUACGAUGAGUGGGCCGAUCGCUUUGAGGACCUCCCGCUCUACUUCAUGACCUUCCAUGGCCAGCAGAACAUCAAGACAGUGAUUGAUGCCAUGCAGCAUGCUGUCUACAUGUACGACAUCACCCACGUGGUCGUUGACAAUCUCCAGUUUAUGAUGGGACACGAGCACGUCGCUGUGGACAGGCUGGCUGCCCAAGACUACAUCGUUGGUGCCUUCCGCAAGUUUGCCACAGACAACACCUGCCACAUCACCCUGGUCAUCCAUCCCCGCAAGGAGGAUGACGAGAAGGAGCUGCAGACAGCCUCCAUCUUUGGCUCUGCCAAGGCCAGCCAGGAGGCUGACAACGUCCUCAUCCUCCAGGACCGUAAGUUGGUGUCGGGGCCAGGGAGACGCUACUUGCAGGUGUCCAAGAACCGCUUUGAUGGGGAUGUGGGUGUCUUCCCCCUGGAGUUCAGCAAGACCUCGCUCACCUUCUCAUCCAGCAAAACCAAGGUUAAGCUGAAGAAGAUGAAGGAGGAGCAGGAGCUUUUAGCCAAGAAAGCUCUGGAAGGAGGCUCGAGAGCCUCCAAGAAGCCGUGA